UCUGUUGUUUUGGCUGAUGGUAGACCAAGACCACGAGUUUCCAAAUAUCAGAAUAAAUACCGUGUCUUGCCAUGUUGCUCACUUGCCCCGCUACACUUUAACACAAGCCAGAGAGACCUGAGGGUUGACUUUCAGACCUGAGGGUUGACUUUCAGAGAGACCUGUAAAUCAUGAUGUCUUUUGCAUCCAACGUUAACUUUCAGAACCAAACGAUGACGACAGCAAAGAAGAAGCCGAUAGUUCGCAGGCCUAAUCCUAUGUUAAUGGUGGUAGUGGUGGUGCUUCUUUCUCUAUAUAUGCUUCCGAUCGGCGUUUUCGCGGCCAAACUGCAAGAGCAGCAACAAAAGAAGCUGCGGUUCGGGUCGAGUGGGGAGUUUAAGAUACUUCAAGUGGCGGAUAUGCACUAUGCCAAUGGCAAGUCAACUCCUUGUAAGAAUGUCCUUCGCAAACAGUUUGCAGGUUGCUCCGACCUCAAUACCUCUGCUUUUAUUCACCGCAUGAUCCUUGCCGAGAAGCCCAAUCUCAUCGUUUUCACCGGUGAUAACAUCUUUGCACGCGAUGCCACUGAUGCUGCUAAAUCUUUGAAUGCCGCAUUUGCCCCUGCAAUCUCCUCCAACAUCCCAUGGGCUGCUGUUUUGGGGAACCACGACCAGGAAUCAUCGACACUCUCCAGAGGAGGAGUAAUGAAGCAUAUAGUUGGGUUGAAGAACACCCUUUCUCAAGUUAAUCCUUCUGAUGCAAAAAUUAUUGAUGGUUUUGGAAACUAUAAUCUCGAGGUCGGUGGAGUUAAGGGCUCUAGUUACGAGAAUAAAUCGGUACUCAAUCUCUAUUUUCUUGAUAGUGGAGAUUACUCUACUGUUCCUUCCAUUCCUGGCUAUGGUUGGAUCAAACCCUCUCAGCAAUUUUGGUUCCAACUUACUUCUGCCAAGCUUCAGAGAGAAUACAAGAACAAGCCGCAUCCUCAGAAAAAAUCUGCACCGGGGCUUGCAUAUUUUCACAUCCCAUUGCCUGAAUUUGCUAGUUUUGACUCAUCAAACUUCACAGGUGUUAGGCAGGAAGGCAUAGGUUCUGCUUCUGUGAACUCUGGCUUCUUCACAACCAUGGUUGAAGCCGGGGAUGUAAAGGCAGUUUUCACCGGCCAUGAUCAUCUUAAUGACUUCUGUGGUGAGCUAACUGGUAUAAAACUCUGUUAUGCUGGCGGAUUUGGAUACCAUGCUUAUGGAAAGGCUGGAUGGUCAAGGAGAGCAAGGGUUGUGGUAGCAUCCUUGGAGAAAACGGAAAAGGGUGGUUGGGGGACAAUUAAGUCAAUCAAAUCAUGGAAACGCCUUGAUGAUCAUCACCUCACUGCUAUCGAUGGUCAGGUCCUGUGGAGCAAGAGCUCUUCUGGUAACAGAAGAAAGAAACAAACAACUGGUGCCUGAGUAAUGAGAUAUAGAUAUGCAUCAAGUUGGUGCUAUGAGGUAGAUUUUAAGUUCGAUGCGGAUGUUAUCAUGUAUUUUCGUUCAAUAAAACUUGUCCGAUAAGUCUAUGAGAUAUAAAUAUCUCAAAUCUUGAUGAAUAGUAUACAGCGCAGCUUAGCAGAGAAUUGAGUGGAAAAUUAUAUUAUGGAGAAUUCUAGAGAAUAUAAUUAAAGAAUCAAAUGUAAUGUUUACUGUUUUGCCAAUGAGCAUAUUGAUAUAAGAAUGUUAGUCUUCAUUUUUUCCC